AUGGCGCCCGGACUGUUAGGUUUGUGCGCUCGCCGCCUUUUGGCAGCAGCGGCGACCCGAGGGCGCCUGGCCGCCCCGGUUCGCUGGGAAUCCAGCUCUGCUAGGGCUGUGAUCGCUCCGCCCGCCGCGGCGGGGAAGCGGGAGCCGGAGCCGACAGUGCGCUGGCAGGAGGACCCAGAACCGGAGGACGAAAACCUCUAUGAGAAGAACCCUGACUCUCAUGGCUACGACAAGAACCCCGUUCUGGAUGUCUGGAACAUGCGGGUCGUCUUCUUCUUCGGCGUCUCCAUCGUCUUGGUCUUUGGCACCACCUUUAUGGCAUAUAUGCCCGACUACAGGAUGCACGAGUGGGCCCGCCGGGAAGCUGAAAGGCUUAUAAAAUACCGAGAGGCCAAUGGCCUUCCCAUCAUGGAAUCCAACUGCUUUGACCCCAGCAAGAUCCGGCUACCAGAUGAGGAUUGA